UCGUACAUGUAUUAUCUUUGCCUUACACUUCAAUCUUUCUUUAGUGAACUAAUGGCGGGGUUAAUAUCGAUCCGAUCAGAAAGAUUUAAAAAGUAAACAGCAAUAUUCAAUACACUUAAUCAAUACAUAUACAGAACGUAUUGAAGUGAACACAUGGUUUUCGGAUAUAUUCAUAACAAACCGACACUUUUAUCGACAAGGAUUUCAUUAUAUAAUCCAUAAUCGCAUGGAGAUAUUAAAAUUCUAGUCAAGACUAAGGACACAUACAAAAAUAAAAUGUUUGGAAUAUGUGAAUAAAGAUGUUUUGGUAAUACAACUAUUGCGUAAAAUGAAGGAAUUAGCCAUUAUGAGUAAAGUUUAGAAUGGCAGAACAAGACGGAAAGAAACUCGUAGGCUAAUAUCAGGUGAUAUGGUGUGACAAUGUCGGAAAGGGUGGUUCGGAAUGUAGAAAAUGACUACUUAAUGUGCAGUAUAUGUCUCGGUCGUUACAAGGACCCUCGACUGUUGCCAUGUGGUCACAGUUUUUGUAAACAAUGUCUACAAGAACACAUUAAACAAACUGUUACAGAUCCUCUUGCCUUGAAUUUCAAGUGCCCAAAUGAUCGAACUCGAGUUGGCAGACCGACGCCCGGUCUUGCUCCUAAACACUGGGCCGGAUCUUUCCCGCCUGAUACCUUCCUCGGGAGCUUGCUAAGUGCCGUGCUUGUGCACGGAACUACGGAUAAAUCGGAGGCUGAAAGCAUGACUUGUAAGGAGCAUAAAAGUAGACUGAAGGAGUUUUUCUGUUUGAAAUGUUCAAUUACUGCGUGCGCAUUAUGUGUUGUUAAAAACCACAAGAGCAGUCGGUGCGAGUGCGUUGGCAUAGACGAGGCCGUAGAACAUUUGCGACCGAAAUUGGAUCAACUAAAAAACUCACUACAGAAACAAGUAAAGUUCGCAAAACAAUAUCAGUAUGGUGGGGAUGCGGGACAUAAUUCUCUGAAGAGCUGUAAAGACAAGGCAUUGUCAGAACUUACAGAUCUCGAGACCAAGUUGAAAUUUUAUUUUCAAACGGCGAUGCAGCAGUUUGACGAUAUGAAGCAGACGAUAAAAGACGCUGGAAAAUCUGCCGUUAAAGACAACUCACAGUCGACGAUUAUCGUAGGUAAAAUAAACGAAACUAUCGGAAAUUUUGACGAAAUAUGUACCUCUGGCACAGGCAUUGAAAUUUUAAACAGCGUUACGAAAAUUGAAGGGCAGGUGAAACAGUUCGAUAAUGCUCUUAAAGCACUUUCAACAAAACUACCGGCAAUGGACAUUCAUUUUGCAGUUAAUAAGGAAACUGAAAGGGUUUUUGAAAAUGCCCCCAUGCUUGGCUCAGUAAUUAUUCAAAGUAUAAACCCUUACGAAGUAGGAACAAACCUACAAAGUCAAUCUGAAACAAGUAAUGUCAGUAUCUUGCCGCGUCCCGUUACUUCAAGAGAAGUCCCGAGAUUGAAUUUAAAUUCAGCAAGAACUGCACGAUCUUUGAGCCUACCAUCAUCUACACCGAGGUCUGAGAUUGAUACAUGGAGGUCCGACAUGACCCCGCGCAGGUCAAAAGUAACGUUAAGUGUAAAGUCAGCUGACAGGUCGAACACGUGCUGGCAAUUAACAGGGGUCGCCAUUAUCGAAGACAGUAUAGUUUUGACAGACGCUCACAACGGCCAACUUUUCCGAUUCUCCAUCAGAAAUACAAACGCACCGCCAAGCCAAUUAACGUUGAAUUGUCCCGUGUGCGUUUGCCAGUCGCAUGAGAGCACUGACGCUGUGGUUACGCUUCCUGAACAAAAUGAACUUGCGUUUAUAGGAACUGAAGACAGUUUUGUGCUUAUGGAUACUGUACCUACAGAAAAGCCUUACGAAGGAAUUGCAAAACUUCCCGACGGAAAAUUCGUAGUUUCUUGUUGUGUUGUCGGCAGACAAGCUGUCGACAUAAUCGACACGAGAGCAGUUAUUUUAAAAUCUAUAGAUAAAACGGAAUCAGGCGAAGAACUGUUUAGCUGGCCAAGAUUUUUAUCUGUGACCUCUGGUGGCGACAUUCUAGUGUCUGACCGUGAUAAACGUGCACUCCUCUGCAUAGAUACGCAAGGUAGAGUCAAAUGGGCGUACCCUAUAAAUGCAUCGCCAUGGGGCGUGUCUUGCCAUUCGAAUGGGGAGGUCUAUCUUUGUUUAGACAACAGCCAAGUUCAACUUCUUACAGAAGCUGGACGAUUAGUUGACAAUAGGUAUGUUGAAGGAAGAAGGGAUGGUGUGAAGGUACCUUAUGCAAUUCAUGCUGUUGGAGAUAUUUUAGCAGUUACUGAAUGGGGCUCCAGUUUAUUUGCUCCCAACAGUCCAAGAGUUCAUCUUUUCAAUGUGUAAUUGACAAAGAUGUAAAAAGUACUUACUGCAGUACAGGACUUCUUGUUAUAU